GCUUCCUCCGCCCCAGCUUCCGCGUCGCAGCCCCGGGAGCUGGAGUCCGGGCGGGAGCCGGGGGGCGGCGGGGCGGGAGUGAGGGGUCGCAGUCAGGGCAGAAGCCCGGGCUGAGGCAGCGGGCUCUGCGUCUCUGCGAGAUGGACGGCACGGAAGGCAAUGCCGGGCAUCCUGGCCCCGCUGAGCGGUCCCAUCGAAGCAGUGUGUCCUCCGUGGGAGCCCGAGCAGCUGACGUGCUGGUGUACCUGGCGGAUGACACGGUAGUGCCCCUGGCUGUGGAGAACCUGCCCUCGCUCAGUGCCCACGAGCUGCACCGUGCUGUCCGUGAGGUCCUGCAGCUCCCGGACAUCGCCCUGGAGGCCUUCGCGCUGUGGCUCGUCUCCCCUUUGCUGGAGGUGCAGCUGAAGCCCAAGCACCAGCCCUACAAGCUGGGCCGCCAGUGGCCAGAACUGCUGCUGCGCUUCACCGACGCCCCGGACGACGACGUGGCCAUGGAUGAGCCUGCCCUGCAGUUCCGAAGGAACGUGUUUUUCCCAAGGCGGCGGGAGCUCCAGAUCCACGACGAGGACGUCCUUCGGCUGCUCUAUGAGGAGGCCAAGGGCAACGUGCUGGCUGCUCGGUACCCGUGUGACCUCGAGGACUGCGAGGCCCUGGGUGCCCUGGUGUGCCGUGUGCAGCUCGGGCCCUACCAGCCUGGCCUGCCCGCUGCCUGCACCCUGAGGGAGAAGCUGGACUCCUUCCUCCCUGCCCACCUCUGUAAGCGGGGCCACGGGCUCUUCGCUGCACUCCGGGGCCGGGGGACCAAGGCUGGGACAGGCGAGCAGGGCCUGCUGAAUGCCUACCGCAGGGUGCCGGAAGUAGUCGGCGAGCACGAGGCCUCCCUGAGCACCCACUACCGUGCCUACCUCCUCAAGUGCCACGAGCUGCCCUUCUACGGGUGUGCCUUCUUCCAUGGUGAAGUUGACAAGCCAGCCCAGGGCUUUUUACACCGGGGUGGGCGAAAGCCAGUGGCCAUAGCCAUCAGUCUGGAGGGCGUGCAUGUCAUCGACAGCAGGGAGAAGCACGUCCUGCUGGGCCUGCACUUCCAGGAGCUGUCAUGGGACCACACCUCCCCUGAGGAGGAGGAGUCCGCCCUGUGGCUGGAGUUCGACGGGGACAAUGAAGGCACGCCGGUCAACAAGCUCCUGAAGAUCUACUCCAAGCAGGCUGAACUGAUGAGCAGCCUCAUUGAGUACUGCAUUGAGCUGAACCACACUGCCGAGCCCGCCGCCACCCAGGAGAGCAUGUCUGGUCCCACCGCGGCCCCCGGCUCCCUGCCACCUCCUGCUCAGCGCCCCCAGCUGCGGAGGCAGGGCAGCGUGGUGUGCAGCCGGAUCCAGCAUCUUUCCACCAUUGACUAUGUGGAGGAGGGCGAGAAGAUCAAGCGGGUGAAACCGAAGCGCACCACGUCCUUCUUCGGCCGGCAGCUCUCCACGAGCCAGGGGAGCUACACCGUGGUGCAGCCCACCGACAGCCUGGAGCAGGGCUGAGGGCGGCAGUGCCGGGCAGGAGGAGGGCACAGUGAGCCCCCCGGACCUGGCCCAGCGCUGUCCUCCUUGAGGGGCAGGGCCAGCCUGUGGCCCUCACAUUGGGGAGGAGGGCUUCCUCAGCGCGUGGACAAGUGACUUCUGUGGCUGGGACGGUGCCUGGGCUGUGCAGAGCUGGCCGGGGCUUCCGCAGGGCCCCUCCUGCAGCCUGCCUGUCAUUCCCCUGAACUUCGGGCCCCACUGCUGUCUCAGGACCAUCUGAUCAGUCCCCGCCCACCCCCUCCCACCCAGGGACAUGGUUUUGUGCCCCUCUCACUGUGCCCCUCAAGGGACAUUGUCCCCUGCUCUGAAGUGCCCGGUGGCAGCUCUGAUGGCAGGUAGCUGAGGAAUAGGGCUCGGGACCUGCAGGUCCCACAUGCGUCUUUGGUCUUUUCCCCGGACUUGGGUGACUACAUCCUCGCAUUCCUUCUGCUGGCAUUCCACCCCAUGCUGCCAGCCUGGGCUGAUGCUCCGUGGCAGCGGGCAGGGGGCUUCCCUGGAUUGAACUACAGCAGGAACAGAGAAGACAGGGCCCCCCACCCAACCCUCCCUGGCUGGAUGGAACUGGAGGGAGCCAGGCAGGACCCAGCUCCCCUGUGCCCGUACUCAGGCCUCUCCUGCAGGCAGGAGACACUGACCAGAGGGAAGGUGCCUUUUUGCUAGCCUUUGGCGACGUCACUGUGCUGGGAGGUGGCUGUCCUAUGGACCAACAAGCUCACCAGACCCACCCUCCAGAAGCUCCCAAACCUCCUUGGGUGUCAGGUUUUAGUUUUGUUUUUUUCUCAUCUGCUUUGGUCCCGUGAAGCCUGUGAACUCUGGGGCAAUUCAAGAGAAUGCCCGCCAUCACAGAGCUGCUGGCUUUCCCCCAGAGACAGCGCUGUGGUUUCCAUCUGGCCUGACCCUGGGGCCACCCAUGCCUGGGGAAGUCCCACCAUGAGAGUAUGGAUGAGGUAGGAGGCUGCUGUGGCACGGGUUGUGGCUGGCCCAGGAGCGGGCUCCUCCGUGGUGGGUCUCACGGGCGCGCCUGGGGUUCCCCCCCCCCCCCCGGAAAGAAACGCUGGCUCAGCACAGGGCUUUGCUUUGUCUCCCGCUCCCAGCGGAGAACCGUGGGAGAGGAAACGAGAACCUCUUGUCUCCAGAUGCCAGAGCCCACUCACCUCCUCCCUUUGGUGACUUUUGAACACUCCAGAUGUUUUGAGGUGGGCUUGUCUUCCAGCAGCAGGGACUUUGUUAUUUGUCAUAAUAAAUAGGUGUCCCUGGCCUUUUGGAAUGUCGCAGCCAGAGGACCUCUGGUCUGCCCUCCUGGCGUCACUCGACAUCACUAGCUGCCCAGCCCGUCCACUCCCAGCCCUCUGGGUCUCUCCUCCCACUCACUGUUUUGAUUCCAGGUGAAUUCUUAUCCGAUGUGCUGAUGGCAGCCUGUAUGUGGGGUGUCUGUGUGUACACACAAAUCACUUGUUUUUAUUCUUCAGCCUCUUUCUCCUGUUUUGUAAGCAUCCAUUGUGCCUUAACCUUUCUGCCUGCCCUUUGGGACAAAGCAGGAUUUUACUAAGUGCCCUUUGAAUAUUCUCAUUCUUUUAUAUCACGUGAUUUAUUAAUAAUAAAAUCAGUUUCCAGCA